AUGAUUCUUCUUACCGUGCUGUUCCUUUGCAUCAUUUCCACCUACUCAGCCUCUGUGAAAGGGCACACUACAGGGCCCAGCCUAAAUAAUGACAAGCUAUAUAAGUUUGCUUACUCAGCUGAAGUCUAUGUUGAUCAAGUGAAAGCAUCCCUGCAGAAAAGUGCAGGAUAUCGGAUUUCUUCUGGUGUGGAUGUCAACCUCUUAUGGAGAAAUCCUGACAAUGAUGAUGACCAGCUGGUCAAAAUUACGAUGAAAGAUGUUCAGGUUGAAAAUGUGAAUGAGCGUCCAGCUGAUAAAAACAUCUUCAAAGGAAAAAGCACAGAGAAGAUCAUCGGGAAAGAGUAUCUGGAGGCUUUGCAGAGGCCCAUAAUGGUUGAACUAGUUCGUGGAAAAAUCAAAACCUUCUACUCAUAUCAAAAUGAACCUGGUUUUACUCAGAACAUUAAGAGAGGUCUGGCCAGCCUUUUCCAGCUGCAGCUGCACUCUGGCUCUUCCCGUGAGGUGGACAUUUCUGGGAAAUGUGAUACUACUUAUCACGUGCGGCAAGAUCAAGUGACUAAAAUAAAAGACCUGGCCUCCUGUGAAAUAGAAAAGAAAGGAUUUACCAGCCACAACAAGAUCUUGGAUAUCAGUACAAAAGCCACAUCUGCUACAGUUUAUGUGCUGGAGGACAGUUUCAUUAAAUCCAUUAAGGCAGAAGAAAAUUUUGUUUUCGCUCUGAAUUACCGGCGAAAAACAGGUGCCAAAAUAGUUUCAAAGCAGAGGCUGGAGCUGAAGUCAGUCCAAGCUGGGACGGGACUGAUCGCUGCAAAGCAAGUCGCUGGUGUGAUCAAGACCUUGGACCCCAAUUAUGUUGCCAUUGCCCUGGAAGCAGAGCCAGUGAAAUCUGAAUGCAAAAAGUGCCCUUCACUUUCUGAGCACUGGAAGAACAUCAGAGAACAAAUGCAUCCUGACAAACUUUCCAAACCUGACGCAGCAAAAAGCUUUUUGUCCUUCAUUCAGAACAUCAGGAAAGCUACGAAGGAGGAGAUACUGAAAAUUAUUAAAAGUGAAAAUAAAGAGCUUCUUCCACAGGUAGUGGAUGCUGUAACCUCGGCUCAGACCCCAGAAUCACUGGAGGCCAUGCUGGAGUUUCUUGACUUUAAGGAUGCAAGCACUUUUAUCCUGCAGGAGCGGUUCCUGUAUGCCUGUGGAUUUGCUUCUCACCCCAGUGAAACUCUUCUGAAAUCAUUAACUGAGAAGUUCAAGGGAGAUGUCGCCAGUCAAGAAAUCAGAGAAACUCUUGUCAUUGUCAUGGGAGCCCUCAUUAGAAAGCUGUGUGACAGGGAUGGCUGCAAGCUGCCAGCUGUUGUGGAAGCCAAAAGGUUGAUUCUGAAUAGGCUGGAGAAGGCCAGCAAAGACGACAACGUGCAGAUGUACCUGCUGGCACUGAAGAACGCACUCCUUCCCGAAGCAAUUCCAGUGCUCCUGAAGUAUGCUGAGUCAGGAGAAGGGCCCAUCAGCAGCCUUGCUGCUACUGCCUUGCAGAGAUAUGAUCCUUCUUUUCUCACCAAAGAGGUGAAGGAAACAAUGAACAGGAUAUACCACCAGACUCGCAAAAUCCACGAAAAGACAGUGAGAACCACAGCAGCUGCCAUCCUCUUAAACAGUAACCCAUCCUACAUGGAAGUGAAAAACAUCCUGCUCUCCAUUGGGGAACUGCCUAUGGAGAUGAACAAGUACAUGCUGUCCAUGAUCCAAGAUAUACUGCGCUUUGAAAUGCCUUCCAGCAAAACAGUUCGGCAAGUUCUGAAGGACAUGCGUGCCCAUAACUACGAUCGCUUCUCCAAGAUGGGCUCUUCCUCUGCCUACACUGGAUACAUCACACGUGGUCCUGAUGUGUCAUCCACAUACAGCCUCGACAUCCUCUACUCUGGCUCUGGCAUUUUACGGAGAAGUAACAUGAACAUCCGUGUUUUUGACAGAAGCACUGACCUUCAUGCCAUCCAGGUGGUUCUCGAAGCUCAGGGUCUGGAGUCCAUAAUAGCUGCAACUCCUGAUGAAGGCGAGGAAAACCUGGACUCCUUUGCUGGCAUGUCAGCCAUUCUGUUUGGUUUCCAGCUGAGGCCAGUGACAUUUUUCCAAGGGUAUGGUGAUUUAAUGUCUAAAAUGCUCUCGGCAACUGGAGAUCCCAUGAAUGUGGUGAAAGGACUUGUCCUCCUCACAGAUUUCUUACAGGAAAUCCAGCUGCAGUCUGGGCCCACAGCCAGUGCAGAGUUCAUGGGUGGGCUGGCCAUCGACAUCUCCGGAGGGAUGGAGUUCAGCCUGUGGUACCGGGAAUCCAAAACCAACGUCAAGAACCGGGUAGCCAUGUUUGUAGCUGGUAACACCGAGGUGGAUUCCUUCUUUGUAAAAACUGGUAUGGAAACCACUUUGGAAACAGAAACAGCUUUAGACUUCAUCUCCACAGUGCAGUUUUCACAGUACCCAUUUUUGGUCUGUAUGCAGAUGGAUAGAGUGGACUCUCCAUUCAGGACUCACAUGACCAAGUACGAGAGCCUGCCCUCCGGCAGGCGCUACACGGCCCGGAGGGGGAAGGCAGCCACGCUGGCCGGGAACGAAUACCCCCUGCACCAGGAAAACUCCAACAUGUGCAAGAAGGUGUUCGGCGCCAAGUCGGACUCUGCUGGCGGCUGGUUUUGA